AUGCAGAAAGAUUGUAGCGAUUCAUGUGAAGAAGUUUUAAACGAAAUCAGUCGGCAGAUUGUCGAUAGUAUUUUAAAAAAUGAUUUAAUUCAUGAAAAAGAAACAAAUGUGUUGACGAAGAUGGAGGAUUCAGGUGAAUUGAUCGAUUUGAAAAAAUCUAAAAUUGAUAAUUCAACUGCGGUUGUAGAAAAUGGCACUAUCGUAGUAUCCAUCACAAAUGGCGACAAGACUGAUGUUAAAGUUUAUGAGAUGCAAGAUGGAAAUUCUAAAAUAAAAGAGGACAAAAAUGGCAAUAGAUUGAAUCAAAGUAAUCAAGAAAUCGAUGAAGCCGAUAAUGAGAAGAUAUCUGAUUUACUGGUUAAGGACUCAAAUAGUAAUAAAAUCAAUGAUAAAGAUAAUAAAAAACCAGAAUCUGCUAAUGAUUCGGACAAAGAAGGCAAAGGUUCAAAUAAAAUAGUGCACACUGGUGGAGGUGAUAUUGAUGAUCUUGUUGGUGAAACCUUUCAUAAAGUUAUUACUACAAUGUUAACCGAUGUUUGUUUAUUUUCACAUUUUUCUAAUUUUAUAGAUGGUGGAUUUAAAGUUCAUCUCACAUGA